AUGGCAGAGACAACCAAGGUCCGGCUCCUGCGGGGCUACAUCUACGCGGGAGAGCUGCGGCAAUUGUCCCCGACAGACACUGCCGUCGGCCAGGAGCUCUCGCUCCAGCCAUUCUGGCAGCCACAGCCUCUGGUGGCCAAGCUCAACGAUGUGGGCUCGUUCCAGCUGCAGGAGCAGUUCGCCAUCAUCAACGAUGAGAAGUUUCUGCUGAGCGUCGAUCGUCAGCAGCUGUUGAUGGAGCUGCGUCCGCUGGGCGGUCUGGUGAGGCUGCCGCUCCAUCAGUUCUACAUUGCGUACAGGGAUGCCAGCAUCACCAAUCAUCUGUGCAAGGGGAAGCUACCCGUCAUCUCCAUCGAUGGCUGGGCUCCCAUUGUCCAUCCGCAGACGCAGGCGCAGCUGGGCGAGCUCAAGGUGCUCCUUGCCAUUGGCAGCGAGUCACAGAUUGCCCAAUUGAAGCAGCAGCGUGGCUUUGACCAGGACAACAAUCAAGUGCCCACGAGCAGUCGCACCACAGAUCUGCUGGACAUGCUCCAGAAUGCACUGACUGCGUCUCCACCACCCGCGAAAGUUACUACUGGCGCUGGGCCAAGUCCGCCUAUAGCUGGAGCAGCUCCCUCAGCGGCCAGCAAAUUCAGUUUCGACUUGCAUAUUGUGGGAGCAGCCGGAUUGCCUCUGAAUCCGGGCUAUGGGAAAUCGGGCAAGAAGCAGGCCAAGCGUCAGGCUGCAGCCAAACAGCGAUUCCCACCCAACGAAUCGCCCAACACCUAUGUGACCUUCCAGGCCCUGAACAGCAACAGUCCGACGUACAAGUCGCACGAGGGUCUGGUCUAUGCCACGCCCGUUGUAGAGAAGUCCACCACACCGCAGUGGCGGACCAAGUUCCGGGUGGAAGUGAGCCUGGAUUACCUAAACAAUCCUCAGAAACUCUUCAUUCUGAAGCUGUGGAAGAAGGCUGCCAUCAAUGCAAGCGGCAGCACCGAACCCACUCCGUUGGAGGAUGCCAUCAUAGGGUUUGCUGCAUUGAAUCUCAGUCACAAGAAGCCAGGCGGCGAGCCGGCUUUUCCCAGUGGAUGGCAUAACAUAGUCGAUUUUAAUGGGCGCGUGACCGGCGGCCUCGAGGCUCACGUGGAGCCACUGCCACCGCCCGGAGGCACCAGCAUGGAUACUGUGAUAGAUCAAUUCGAGCAGUCCAUGGAGCUGACACACCUUCAUCUGGGCCAGGCCAUCAAGCGAAAGUACACGGAGCUGGAACAAAUCUCACAAAGAUUGCGCACACGUCUGGUGGACGUCACGGAGGAGGCUCUGACCUCUCCGGAGUACGAUGUGGAUGCAGCACUGGAUAACUGGAAGAUGGUAGAGACGGAUGGGUACGACGACGAACUGGUGGCCGAUUUUGAGCGGGCCCUGCGUACACCCACGCCCCCCAAUUCGCCACCGCCCACCGCACAAAGUCCAAGUAAUGAAUCUGGCCGGGAAUAG